AUGGGGAAGAUCACUCAUGUGCAGAUUCAGUUAACUUUAAGUCUUCACAACGUCAACGCGGAGGCCGGACGAUCGUCGACCCAGCCAGCUCUGCGUCGUCGAGGUGAACGACGCCGCUUCCACCAACAGCGGCACUGCCGCCGCAAAUACUGGAGCCACCACCACUACGUCCACCAGCGCAGCCGUUGGAACACCUAG